GGGAGAGUCGAGCCGCUCCUGAUUGAACUAGUCCUUUUUUCUUGCAGAUUCUUUUGCCUAGUUAACAAUUCUACUUAUUUGAAAUGGCUCUUGUAUUCUCAUCAGUUUUCCCCUUCUGUGUUAACCUACAAAAUGUGAACCACAUAACCAAGGUCCAUUUGAACUCUUUUGUUCACUGCAAAGUUUGUAAUUGUCUUGCUGCUGCUAGUAGACUGAGGAAUCUUAAGGGCUCAAAGUUUGUAGUCAGAAAUAAGAAAAGUAAUUUUCUUGUGGAGAAAAGCCAUCCUGAUUUUGAUUGGGAGGAUGAGGAACAAGGCGACCUAGAAGAAGAAGAUGAUGAUGAUGGGUCGCCGUGGGAAGGCGCAGUUGUGUAUAAAAGAAAUUCUUCGGUUACACAUUUGGAGUAUUGUACCACCUUAGAAAGGCUAGGGUUGGGAAAACUCUCCACAAAGGUUUCAAGGUCUCGAGCUUCGGUAAUGGGACUGAGGGUGACAAAAGAUGUCAAAGAUUAUCCUGAUGGAACUCCAGUAUUGAUUUCCCUUGAUGUCACAAGGAAGAAGCUGAAGUUGAGGCUUGACGGAAUCAUCAGGACUGUCAUCGCACUUGGUUGCAACAGGUGCGGGGAACCAGCUGCAGAAAGUAUCUUUUCAAACUUUUCCCUCCUAUUGAGUGAAGAACCUAUAAAGGAACCAGAGACCCUGGACAUGGGCAUAAUGUUUGGAGAGGACACAUUCAAAAGUUUUGGAAACGUGGAAGAGGAAAUGGAGGAUAAUGAUGGUUGGAUACCUUUAGAAGAUCAGCUGUAUUUUCCUCCUGAAGAAAAAGUCAUUGACAUUUCAAAACAAAUUAGAGAUCUGGUGCACAUUGAAAUCACCAUUAGUGCUGUAUGUGAUCCCAAGUGCAAAGGUUUGUGCCUGAAAUGUGGUGCUAAUCUUAAUGUCAAUAGGUGUAGUUGUCAUAUGCAAAAGGUAGGGGAGAAAGGUAAUGGUCCUCUUGGAGGUCUGAAGAAGCAAAUGCAGCAAACAUGAUCUUUAGUCAUUCCGACAUUUUUUGUGUGUAAUACUUUUAGUAGUUUAUAAGCUGAAAUGCAAGCCUUUCCCUUUUACUUUUUUUUAUGCCAACAAAAUUCAUCGUUCACACUCACAGAACUAUCGAAAGAGUUGAGAAAAAGCGUGUGGAUGUUGAAUUGUUUGUUGUACUUCUCUCCCGUUUUCUGUCAUGACAUUGUCCGUAGUCGAUAUUGUUUCGAUCUCGACUUAAAUAAAGUGAAUUCGUAUAUGUAUAGAAAGAGAGAGAUGUCAUCUAAAUGUAUGAAUUUUCAAGUUCCAAUAUACUGAAAGGGUUCUAAUA